AUGGAUUAUGCUGGACUACGGCGCAUAGGCAUACAGCAACUAGGCUGUCGUGCUAUUGUCGAUCGCCGACAUGUGUAUCAGGAAGUUGCAGAAGGCGUUGGUGUACACGAGGAUAACAACAGACGCUGUUUCAAAGGGGCAACAAGUGUUAGCGCGAUACCGGUAAUACGAGCUAAUAUAAACCAGCGCAAGACGACAUCAGACAUGCGCGAUUCUCGCCCGGCGCCUGUAGUAGCUAUGCAGACCUACUUGCCUCGUCAGCUUGUCAAGCCUAUUAACACGUCUAGUACCUGUGAUCUGCCUUUCUGCCUCGAGCAACAGCGUCCACAGUUGUGGAGAACAGAUGGUGAGGUCUUUGCGACAGGUCACAUAGAUGCCAUUGUUUCACCGCCCAGCACGACGGGCAGGACGGAACUUGAGGUGAAGUUUGGCCAACCCCCGUCAGGGUUGAGCGGGUCUUAUCAGCAUCACAAACACACAUUAAGCCUGCAACAGGUAGCUUAUCCUUGGCCACUAUCACAAGUAGAAACAAAACAAAAGGCCCUUCCGUCGGGGGCUGCCUCAUCGCCAUGCAUGAAUAAGGCAUGGGUGGGUUAUCGUGAACAGGCAAACUGGGGUUUACCGCAGUUCUCGACCUAAGCUCUUGGUAGAGCCCAAUAGAAGGUGUCUAAGCUUCAGCCAAUGAUGACUCAAAGUCUUCCCUUUUUGCAUCAGCUUCGCGAGGCAGUUGCAAGCUUACCAAGUAGACUCCAUCAAGGGCAUAAUAAUAUGGAG